UCCCAGCAACAAAUUACUUGAGAAUACCAGGCUCGGAAAUACUUGAGCCCAAAGGAAGCAAAUGAUCAAGUUUAUCCAAUGAUAAACAGUCUGCAAUGGCGAUUUACAUCGAGACAGCACCAACGUUAUUGUUAACGUUAGAAUCUGCCUUUCGUUGUUUCCUUGUUGUAUGAUGAUGCUGUGUAUUGUAUAAUUAACUGAGUUUUUUUACACUUACUAAUGCUUUACCUCAGAAGUACAAGAAACCAACAAUACUCGACUCCUUUCCGCAAAAUUUUCUUACCAAUCAGAUACCAAAACUGUCUUUUCUAUAUCCAAUCCCCAAAUGCCAACCCAAGCAAGCAUUGCUAUAGUGAAAUCAUUUCAUCAAAUAAGAGUAUUACUACCUACAUUAGAUUAGGUGACUUAGAUUCUGCCCUUAAAGUAUUCAAUAACAUUACGGUUAAGACAACAGUCACUUGGAAUUCAAUCUUAGCGGCCUAUUCCAGAAGGAAGGGAAAAAUGAAGGAAGCACAGGAACUGUUCGAUAAAAUUCCUUACCCAGAUACGGUUACAUAUAAUAUCAUGCUUUCUUGUAUUUUACUCAAUUCUGAUGAUAUAGAAGCUGCUUUUGAUUUCUUUAAUCGAUUGCCUUUCAAAGAUAUAGCUUCUUGGAAUACAAUGAUAUCAGGUUUCGUCCGUGACAAGAGAAUGAGCAAAGCUCGGGACCUGUUUUUGGCCAUGCCAGAGAAAAACAGUGUUUCUUGGAGUGCUAUGAUAUCUGGGUAUGUUGAGUGUGGGGAGUUGGAUAGAGCCGUGGAAUUUUUUGAGGAUGCGCCGGUGAAGAGUAUUGUGGCCUGGACUGCAAUGAUUAAUGGGUACAUGAAGUUUGGGAAGGUUGAUUUAGCUGAGAAGUUAUUUAAAGAAAUGCCCAUGAAGAAUUUAGUCACUUGGAAUGCUAUGAUUGCAGGUUAUGUUGAGAAUUGUAGAGCUGAGGAUGGCUUGAAGCUGUUUAGGAUGAUGAAGAGCUUAAGGAUUAGGCCAAACGCUUCAAGUUUGAGUAGUGUUUUAUUGGGUUGUAGCGAAUUAUCUGCACUGCAGUUUGGUAGGCAAGUUCAUCAAUUAGUUUGUAAGUCCUUGUUGUACAGUGAUACAACAGCAGCGACUUCAUUGAUUAGUAUGUAUUCUAAGUGUGGGGACUUGGAAGAUGCUUGGAAGUUGUUUCUUGAGAUUCAACUAAAAGAUGUUGUGACUUGGAAUGCUAUGAUUUCUGGCUUUGCUCAACAUGGAGCAGGUGAAAAAGCAAUCCAAUUGUUCGGUGAGAUGAAGGAUGAGGGAAUGAACCCAGAUUGGAUCACUUUUGUUGCAGUGUUACUGGCUUGCAACCAUGCAGGAUGGGUAGACCUUGGGAUUCGAUAUUUUGAGUCAAUGGGAAAGGAUUAUGGAAUUGAAGCCAAGCUGGAUCACUAUACCUGCAUGGUUGAUCUUCUUGGUCGAGCUGGGAGGCUAGAUAAAGCUGUAGACUUGAUUAAGAAAAUGCCUUUUAGACCCCAUCCUGCCAUUUUUGGAACCCUGUUGGGUGCUUGUAGGAUCCAUAAAAGAUUGCAUCUGGCUGAGUUUGCUGCCAACAGCUUGCUUAGUCUUGAUCCAACAAAUGCUGCUGGGUAUGUUCAACUUGCUAAUGUUUAUGCAGCUAUGAAUAAAUGGGAUGAUGUUGCUAGAGUUAGACGGUCAAUGAAAGAAAACAAGGUGGUAAAGACGCCUGGAUAUAGUUGGAUUGAGGUGGGAAGUGUUGUUCAUGAGUUUAGAUCCAGUGAUCGGGUUCACAAAGAGCUAACUAGUAUUCAUGAAAAACUGAGAGAACUAGAGAAGAAAAUGAAGUUGGCGGGCUAUGUGCCCGACCUUGAGUUUGCCUUACAUGAUGUAGGAGAAGAACUGAAAGAACAACUUUUGCUGUUUCACAGUGAAAAGCUGGCAAUAGCUUUUGGGAUAAUGAAAGUGCCAUUAGGGACUCCCAUUCGAGUGUUUAAAAACUUGAGAGUAUGUGGGGAUUGCCAUCGUGCUAUCAAGCACAUAUCAGCAAUAGAAAAAAGAGAAAUUAUUGUGAGAGACACAACAAGAUUCCAUCAUUUUAAGGACAGUGUUUGUUCUUGUGGUGACUAUUGGUAAGUUUAUAAAAAUGGUCUUAUGUCUAAGGGGUAAUAUGGAUUUCUGUCAAAAGCUUUUAAAAUGAUUGUUUGAUGACUAUGUUAAGAUUGAUCACCGGCUGGUCAAGCAUGCAGCUAGUAAACUUUUAAAAACA